AUGAAGGUCGUCAUAGUGAAAAAUCGAAAAUAUCUAUUCAGAUCUCAUCGAAAAUUUCAAUCAUGUUUGGUGGAACAGUUUAUUAAAUAUUCAAUAACCAUCGGCGAGAUAUGUAAACAUGCGUCAUCCAGCGUCAUCUGUCGAGAUUGUCAAUCGUUGAUUCUGUCAAAUGACAAAACGUGCAUCGAAAUGAGUGAUUUUCUAGCAGCAAAUAAUCCCUGUGGUCAAAAUCUUCUCCAGCUUGUUGCAACUGGCAAUGCUAUCAUAGCUGAACUUCUUCGUUUAGCUGACUUUGUUCCACCGCUAUUCAAAGUAGCAAAUAUUCGCGAUGCUGGAAAGUACGCCGAGAUCAUCUACGAUUUUUCGUAUUUCUCCAAACAAGAAUACUACGAUGAAUUAAUUAACAGUCGAACAGAUUUGCAAGAUCUGGAUGAUGAAUUCCGAGAGAACAAUUUAACGUUGUUAACGCGGUUUUAUCAAGCAUUUGAAAGUGUGCAUAAAUACGGCAUUGAAUUCAACCGAUACAUCGAAGAUUUGACAAAUGGAACUUAUCUACAACAAACAGUAGAAAAUGUUAUUGCGAAUGAAGCUGGAAAGCAACUGAUGGCCGAAGCUGUUUAUCUAUUUGGUGUCAUGUUAAUCAUUCUAGAUUUAAAAUACGAUGCUGCUGCCCGUGAACGCAUGAUUGUCUCAUAUUUUCGCUACAGUGGAAAACGCAAUGCAUUGGACAGCAACAUCGAUGAAGUAGGGAAAUUAUUAGCACGUAACGAUGGAUUUUCUCUUCAACCAUAUAAACGUCCACCUGGUUAUCCGGAAAACUAUUUUCGACGUAUUGGAUUUCGCGAAGAUGUCAUUGGAAUGAUCAUUGGUCGUCUACGUUCCGACGACAUUUAUAAUCAAAAGAAAGCCUAUACUGAACUUGAACAUCAAACAGCAGCAUAUGCCACCCAAGCAUCAAUGUUAUACGUGUUGUUAUAUUUCUAUCCUGAUGUUUUACAUAACAGACCAGCGAUAAUGCGUGAAAUUGUUGACAAACAUUUCGCUGAUAAUUGGGUUAUUAAUUUAUACAUGGGGUUAACGGUAAAUCUCAUCGAUGCAUGGGAGCCUUAUAAAGCAGCGAAAGCGGCAUUGAACAAUACUCUCGAUCUUCAAGCAGUCAAAAGUCGGUGUCAAAUGAUUCAUGAGAAAGUCGGUAAACUGAAUAAUCAAGUCGAACAAUAUUUAAUCGAAGGUGUUCUCAUCGAAGAAUAUGUCUUGAAAAAUAUUUCGACGUUACUAAAAUUUAUGAAAGAAUGCAAUAUAUGUUUACGUUGGACCAUCUUGCAUACGAGUGAAUUGCCUGUCGGUGCUGAUAUUAAUAAGCGAUGUAAACAAAUGCUACAACUCGUUAUUACCGACUUACAAUACAAUCCAGCGGCAGUAUUCAAGUUAUUAUUGAACACAGCACAAUUUGAAUUUAAUCUCAAAGAAAUUGUGAGUUUAUUAUUGGCAGAAAAAUUCGAUCGAUGGACCGCGAAUCGUAAAGAAGCAGUCGAACGUCUCGUUGAACUAGCUGAUGUGUUUUCGGGAACAAUGCCAUUGACACGUGUGGAAAAGAAUGAUAACCUUCAAGCGUGGUUUCGUACAAUGGCAAAACGUAUCGAAUCGUUAGAUUUCGAAGAUUGGACAAAUGCAGGUCGCCAAACAAAUCAGAUUAUGACAGCAUUGGACGAAGUUCAACAAUUUCAUGAACUCGAUGCUAAUAUGCAAGUCAAACAAUUCUUGAAUGAUAACAAACGCUUACUGAGUACAAUGAUUCUGCUAAAUAAUGUUCAAGAAUCGACAAUUAGUAUUAUGGAUCUUGUUGCUGAUCUAUCGUAUGCGUGGAUUAUUAUUGAUAGUUUCACUGGUGUUAUGCAAGAGGGAAUCAAACGUAGUCCGUCUUUAGUCACAAAACUACGUGCAACGUUUUUAAAGCUUGCAUCAGCACUCGAUCUACCUUUAGUGCGAAUAAAUCAAGUCGGCAGUAACGAUCUGAUGAUUGUCAGUCAUUAUUAUUCAGGAGAACUAGUCGCUUACGUCCGUAAAGUUUUACAAAUCAUUCCGGAAACUAUGUUUACCAUGUUAGCUAGUAUUGUUCAUAUACAAACGAAUACUCUACGUGAGUUACCAUUACGUGCCGAAAAAGAUAAGUUAAGAGAAUAUGCACAACUCGAUGAACGCUAUCAAGUAGCUAAACUUACGCAUGAUAUUUCAAUCUUUACGGAAAGUAUGUUAAUGAUGAAAACAACAUUAGUCGGUAUUAUUAAACUCGAUCCUAAACGCGUACUCGAAGACGGUAUUCGAAAAGAGUUGGUUAAACAAGUGGCGACUGCUUUGCAUAAUGGUUUAACAUUUAAUCCUCGGGCCAAAAACAGCGAAUUAUUAUCGAAGUUAGAUGCGCUUGGUAACCAAAUGGAUGGUUUUCGUCGUUCAUUUGAAUACGUUCAAGACUAUGUGGGAAUUUAUGGAUUAAAAAUUUGGCAAGAAGAAGUAUCGCGAAUUAUUAAUUAUAACGUCGAGCAAGCAUCCAAUAGUUUUCUCAAACAGAAAAUUUAUGAUUUUCAAUCGACCUUUCAAUCGCGUCACAUUCCAAUUCCUCGUAUUGCACCGUUAGGAGAUGGUUCAAUCAAUUUCAUGGGUCGACUUGUACGAGAAAUACUUCGCGUUACAGAUCCACGCUCAACGUUCUAUGGUGAACAACGCAAUACAUGGUAUGAUGUUCGAACGAAACAACCCGUUGUUGACAUCUUACUUUUCCGAAAACUACAUCGAGCUGUUGGCUCGUUUGGUUUAAGUGGACUUGAUCGUCUCUUAUCAUUCAUGAUCGUUAAAGAAUUACAAUCAUUGACAGGCGCUAUUCAGAAUUUAUUUGUACAUAAAGAAUCGAGUGAUAUGCUAGACUCGUUUAUGCGACAAGUAGCGCCGAUCGAUGGCAUCGUUGUUCAACCAAAUCGAGUUUAUACAAAUGCCAUUGCAAAAGGAGCCAAUUUCUGGACGUCGUUGAGUGGCUUUUUAUUGAAGAUUGGACAAAUGCAAUUAUUACGACAACAAAUAGCUCACGAAUUAACAGCAUCAGCGAAAUAUGAUUCGAAAUAUUUAUUCUAUUCCUUGAAAACUUUCAAUGACACUCUUUUACAAGAUGUUCAACAAAUCUAUACGAAUACAAAUAGUCAACAAACUGAAUAUCCCGAAUCUUUGAAUGAAUUACUGUAUGAAUUAGGUCCACUAUUAGAAUCUGUCGGAAUGAAUGAUGUUCUUCAACGUGUUUAUGUAUCAGCUCAAAAUCAUUUCUUGCUAAUUCCAUUACUUGUUCUUUAUACAAUCAGUCAAGUACCACGCAUUGUAACAUUAAAAUAUUUGAAAAAUCAAAUGCAAACGUCAGGCAGUAGUUCGUCGAGUGGGGGCAAACGUGAUAUGGACUGUUCAGCGUUUGUCAUUGGAAUUUAUACGUUGACGAAACAAUAUCAUUCUGAUUUGAUUGAUGAUUAUUUGACAUGCCUUUGUCAAUUCAUUAAAUCACAAGUUGAACAAGCAGGAAGUCAAAAACUAAUUGAAUUUCCAGUUGAAGCAAUCAAUAUGCUUGAUUUUCUCACAAUGUUCAUUCACUAUGGUGAUUUACCGAUAAAAGUACUUGAACAACGUCUACCAGCAUAUAUAUGUGAUGAAUUUCGUACGAUUUAA